UCUCAGCCGUGUUAUGUAACGGAUCAGCGCGCUCCCGGCGGCCGGACCCAAUGGGGCCCGGGCUGGGGGGCGGCGCGGGCGCGCGCACGCAAGGUAAGGCGCGGCCCCGCGGCAGUGCGUGCGCGCUCACCCCAGCCUCCCCCUCUCUCUCUCUCUCCGCCUCGCUCGGUCUUUCUCCCCCCUUUGUGAAGCGCUCGGAGCAGCCCGGACCCUACCGACUUGCCAUGGCCGACGAAAAGCCCAAGGAAGGAGUGAAGACUGAAAACAAUGACCACAUUAAUCUGAAGGUGGCAGGGCAAGAUGGGUCUGUGGUGCAGUUUAAGAUUAAGAGGCACACGCCACUUAGUAAACUAAUGAAAGCUUAUUGUGAACGACAGGGUUUGUCAAUGAGGCAAAUCAGAUUCCGGUUUGAUGGGCAGCCAAUCAAUGAAACAGAUACACCUGCACAGUUGGAAAUGGAGGAUGAAGAUACAAUUGAUGUGUUCCAGCAGCAGACAGGAGGAAUCUACUAAAAAAGAGAAUCUGCUACUUUCCUCUUCAGAACUGUGCUCCCACAGAUGACACAUUCACAAUUAGAAAAAUGAGACUUGGUUCAGCCACAUCCUGACUACUGCAGUAUAGUUUUUUCUCUUCUCUUUUUUUCCCUCUUCCUUCUAUUGUACAUAAAGUAACUGGUGUAUGUGCACAGACACAAUGCAUAUUUUUUUUAACUAAAUGGCCAAUGGUAUGUUUUGAUCAACAUGGAACGGAGAUGGGGUGGGAAAAAAAAACUGGUUCUGUGAAAAUACCCCUUUUCUCCAUCGUGGCAUGCUCCUUCAACUUUUAUCUUUAUAUUCCAGUAAGUUAUUUUGCUCUCACUGUUGACAAACAAAAAUAUUGCAUACUUUGUUUGAUUGGAUAAUUUCAAUGUUUUUCUUUUAUCAUUGUAAAACCAAGGACGAUUUUAUAACUUUUUUGUACGUAGCUGUUACAUGUAGAGCAAUCUCUGUCUAAGUAGGGGUAAAUUACUCCAAAAAACAUUGAUCCUAGAUGGUUUUCCCUUCAAGUAAAGCGUCUUGUUGUUUAAAUAAACUUCUUGUUUAAAAUAA